UCCUCUCUCCAAACUUUAUGUUCCCCUCUCUGAAUAUAAGAAGAGCUUUGUGGUCCCUAGGGUUCCUUUUUUAGCUGAUUGGAACACCAAAGGGAGUGUAAAGAAGGAUUAAGGGAGGACCAUGAUGGAGAGUUGCUCAUCUCCCCCGUAUGUGAGUGCCCCUUGUUCUCCUAUUGAUUGUAGCUCUUGUGAAUUUGCUUACUACUAUAGUGCCCCAAGUAGCCCUAUUAGAGGGCUCUCUGGGGUACCCUUUGAUUGGGAGUUAGAGCCGGGUCUCCCCAAAAGAGUCUUAGACCAUGAUUCGGACUCGGACGAUUUCGAGUUCGAAACUAGUCGAAGAUUCUGCAGACUUUCGGACCAUGGGGAGCCGAACGGAGAGCAGAGGAACAUGGUGGAUGACUUUCCGACCAUGUCUUCUGCUGAUGAGCUUUUUCGAGAUGGCCGGAUUCUCCCACUGAGGCUUCCCCCACGUCUGCAACAUGUUGAUGCUCCCAAACUAAAUAUUCAAAGUUGCAGUAGUUGCUGUUCGAGGACUUUGGCUACGGUCUUUCCUAGACCAUUUUCGGGUAGGAAUAAGGAGUUUGAUCCAUUCGACGUCGCUCUUGAGCGUGUAAAGAGAGAAGCGAGAGAGAGGGAAGAUGGGAGGGUGCCCUACAAAAGGGCUAGGUCACUAUCCCCACUUAGGGGUCCUUGUUGGGGUGGGGGGCCCACAAAAGAAAUUAUGCACAAGGGUCAAGCAGUAGGUCCUAACAGACACUUGGGUCAAGGAAUUGGUCGUGUGGGCCCUGUGGGUCCUGCAGAGUUCGAGGAAAGGCCCUCCGACAAGGGGGAUGGCCCUAUGAUAGAGGCGAGGUGCCCUACGGACACCACGGGCCCCAUGAGAGAUAGGGGUUUGUAUGGGCCUGAAGGGUCUAGAUAUCCCAAUACUACUGGGUCCAUAUCAGCUAGAUAUCCUAAUACUACAGCCCCUAUAGGAGUCCCUACACCUACUGUUAGUGUGGGACCUAUAACACACACAAAGUUUAGGAGUUUCUCUUUGAAGGGAUCUAAGAGAUGGAAGAUUGUGAAUUUGGUUUUUAGGAGUGCUUCAGAAGGGACGGCUGGCAGCAAUGAUGGAUUGAAGGACUAUACUAUUUCCAUGAGGAAGUCAAGGGAUGAAAACUUUAGGUCAGAGGAGAUGAAGAAGAAGAAUUUCAUGCCCCUUGCACAUGGGUUGCUUUCUUGUGUGGGCUUUCAUGGAAAGCAUGCAAAUACUAUGAUGCCUAAGGAGCCAACUCUUGUUUCUUAAUUCCCCUCAUUUCUCUUAUUAUAUUUAUAUUUUCCUUAGGUUUUUAGAAUUUCAAAAUACUGUAUAUCUUUGCAAUCUUUGUUCUCAUUCCAAGAGAUUUAUAUGUAUUAAGCUUAAAAACAUGUGAAAAAGUUGUAAUUCUAGUGGACUAUAAGCAUGUGAGAAAGGUUAAUAAAAUUGCGUAGUAGAUUGUGAAUUCCUCUGUAAAUUAAUAGACUAUUACUGCUAGUACAAACCCCCUGUGUUUUUCAUGGCAGAGAGAGAGAGAUGAUAAAAAAACUCAUUUGGGAAAAUAUUGAUAG